CGUGUCUGUGAACCAAGCGAACCCAGCGGCCAUCUUCUCGCUAGAGGAUAAGCCGGUUAGCUUGCUGUCUCGAAGUGCAGUGUACACUAUGGCUGACUAUUCCAGCGUGGCUCCUCCGUCGUCUAAUUCAGGUGGUGGAAUGAACGACGCGUUUAAAGAUGCUCUUCAACGGGCUAGACAAAUUGCUGCGAAAAUAGGGGGUGAUAGCGUCGGCGCCCCCCCUCCACCGACCAAUGAUUUCGGAUAUGGAGGCCAGAAAAGACCGCUGGAAGAUGCAGAUGAUGACUCUCGGGAAAGUCUGAACUGUAGAACACACUGGGAGGGCUUGAUUUCUCCUUUCCCAGAUCAACCAGAAACAAAGAAAAUUGCAGCGCAGAAUGAUUCUUUUGCUUCAAUGAUGGGAGGAAUGGGUGGAAUGAGUGGCAUGAGUGCCCCCCCAAGAUCUACUUCUGAGGAAUUCAAAGUUCCCGACGGGAUGGUUGGAUUUAUUAUCGGACGGGGUGGAGAACAGAUAUCUCGAAUGCAGCAGGAGUCGGGAUGUAAAAUUCAAAUUGCUCCAGACAGCGGUGGCAUGCCGGAGAGGUCUGUGACAUUAACAGGAUCUCCUGACUCAAUUCAGACUGCAAAAAGAUUGCUAACCGAGGUUGUGGAGAAAGGCCGGCCUACACCGAUGUUCCACCACUCGGAUGGACCAGGAAUGUCCGUUCAGGAGAUUCUCGUUCCUGCUUCUAAAGCUGGCCUGGUCAUUGGAAAAGGAGGAGAAACCAUUAAACAACUACAGGACCGCGCUGGAGUGAAAAUGGUGAUGAUUCAGGAUGGAACACAAAACACUGGUGCAGACAAACCUCUGAGGAUUACUGGAGAGCCUUUUAAAGUUCAGCAAGCUAAAGACAUGGUAAUGGAACUCAUCCGUGAUCAAGGAUUCCGGGAACAGAGAAACGAGUACGGAUCAAGAAUGGGAGGUGACGGUGACAGCUUAGAUGUACCUGUCCCAAGAUUUGCUGUUGGAAUAGUGAUUGGACGGAAUGGGGAAAUGAUCAAGAAGAUCCAAAAUGAUACCGGUGUAAGGAUUCAGUUUAAGCCAGAUGAUGGCAGCACGCCUGAGAGGAUAGCGCAAAUCAUGGGACCACCAGACAGAGCUCAGCACGCCGCUGACAUCAUAGCGGAUAUUCUGAGGAGCGUGCAGUCGGGGGGACCGCCGGGGCCAGGAGGCAGGGGAAGGGGAAGGGGUCAAGGCAACUGGAAUAUGGGUCCACCUGGAGGACUGCCCGAGUUCACCUUCACUGUCCCUGCCAUGAAGACAGGCCUCAUCAUUGGGAAGGGUGGUGAGACCAUUAAAAGCAUUAGCCAGGAGACGGGUGCGAGAAUCGAGCUCCAGAGGAAUCUUCCUCCUGGCGCUGAUCCCAGCAUAAAGAUCUUCACCAUCCAGGGGUCGCACCAGCAGAUAGACUAUGCCAGACAGCUGGUGGAGGAAAAGAUUGGAGGUCCUGUCACUCCAAUGGGCGGUCCCCAUGGGCCCCCAGGCCCUCAUGGUGGUCUUCCUCCCCAUGGACCUCCAGGUCCCCCUGGACCACCUCCACCAAUGGGCCCAUACAACCCUGGACCCUAUAAUCACGGUCCUCCUGGACCUCAUGGUCCACCUGCACCCUACCAGCCACAAGGAUGGGGCAAUGGCUUCCCUCAUUGGCAGCAAGGGCAGCCAGAUCCUGGUAAAGCAGCUGCAGAUGCCAAUGCAGCUGCCUGGGCAGCAUAUUACUCCCAGUACCAGCAGCAACCUCAGCCCCCGAUUGCCCCUGCCAGUGCCGCACCAGGCACUACUCAAGUCAAUGGGCAAAGUGACCCGCAGACUCCUGGUCAGAGUGGACAGGCAGAUUACACUAAGGCCUGGGAAGAAUAUUACAAGAAAAUGGGACAACAAGGACAACAGCAGCAGCAGCCGCAGGACUAUACAAAGGCAUGGGAGGAGUACUACAAAAAACAAGGUCAAGCCGCUCCUCAGACCAUGGCGUCUGCUGCUCCCCAGACGGGAGGAGCGGACUACAGUGCAGCGUGGGCAGAGUACUACAGGCAGCAGGCUUCUUACUAUGGCCAGGGCAGCCCACAAGGCGUGCCCGCCCACGCCCCAGCCCCGCAGCCCCAGCAGGGCCAGUAAUGUGAAGUGGACAAUAGCGUAUUUGCCUCGUUGUCGAAAAACCUUUGUUAAAUGUUGGAUGCAGAAGCCUUGAUGAAGAUCUUAAUUUCUUUGGUUAAAAAAAAUGUUCAAAAGCAGAUCACACAAGUUCCCAAGGCAGUUUUUGCUUGUACAGAAUGGUUUGUUUUUAGUGUAGUGAAUAGCCUUGGACAUUCCAGAACCUGUAUUUCAUUCAUUUGAUCAAUGCUCAUGUUUAUGAACUGUCAUAAUUUCCAUGUAAAUCAUCUGUUGUUUUUUUUUUUUUUUUUUUUUUGGUUUUUUAAUCCUGUUUUGUGUUUUGCAAUAAAACAAUGAAAUCUGUGUGGUAAGUUGGGUAAUUGUGAGGUGGGUAAAAUGGGUAAGAUGCAAGUGUCCUUGGAGGUUAAGUGCUUAAUUUUAGGCAGGUCCGGGUCCACUGGCUGAAUUUUGCAGUGUUUUGCUUUUGUUUUUCUACAUGGCACUGUAGUUUCACCUUCGGAUGUGUGCUUCAGAUGUUAUUUUGAAAAGCAAAGAAACUAACAAAAAUCUCGAUUGAUUUAUCGGCUUUGUAUUUUCCUCGUCUAUUCGUCUGGACGUAUCGGUGAUUUUAGAUAUUCUGAAAUGUGACCGUCAAGAAUGGUGUAGUAUUGCAAGGAAUAUAAUACAUGUGCUAGCUAUUGAAUACUCUGGUGUUUUCAUUAUACUGAUGAUGCUCAGUUUCUGGUAAGAGAUAGUCUGUACUGUUGAUAAUGAGAGAACAACUUCUUCCCCUCACAGGCAAGUUUAGAAAAGCGGUAAGCGAAAGGGUACUUUUAUUUUUGCUUGUGACCUUAUAUCUGUUGAUUUGAUGCUUUUCUGCAGCACAGGUAUUGUUAAACAUGUUCUGAUAGUUUUACACAUUUUCCUUGCAAAAGUACUUUGUGUUUUCCGUUAGUGUCUUUAAACCUGUUGUUUUCUUGCAUUUGCUAGCUUCUAUUUUACCUUUAAUGCCGCGGAAAAGAUGGAUUUGCAAUGCUAUUGUCUGUCGAAGUGCAUUCGGUUUAGAUGUGUAGGUUUGUAGGGGUGAGGAAGCCUUUGCUGAACAUCACCUGUCAAUUGUACCUUCAAGGGAAUUUUCACUGUAAGUACAAAUCUGUGAAUAUUACCAAAUUCAAUUUUUGUUUCUCUUUCAAUGUAUUGUUUUGAGAGAUUGAAAAUGCAGAAACGCUGGUUAAAGUAAAUUUGCAUAAAAGUGGAAUCGCCAGUAUAGGUAAGUAUCAAAGUAAGGUGUGUUCCAGUUUUUCAGUGUGGCCUCACUCUGAGCCACUUUAAAUUGGAAGUAACAACUGUCGGAAUUUUGGAUUUUAUAUCAUGUUCUAAUAAUUUGGUGACGGGUGUGUAUUUAGGUUGUUAAAACCAAAAGGCUAAAAUAGCGUUGCAGUUUGUUUUCCUAGACCACUGUUCCUUUUUUAGGAAUGCCCUUUUGGACCAUUCCACUUUGAACUCAAAUGCAAGCGUAUACAUUUUUAGAAUUGCAGCAUGUGCAGCUUGGCAGGAAUUUCUCCCAGGAAAUGUGCUCAUUUGCUGUUUGCUUGAAAUAUUACCACAUAAUUUGUAAAACAAUCCCCACUCAGAUUCCGUUUUAUUUAAAAUACUAGAAGUCCAGAUGGUAGAUGAAGUGAACUAAAAUCCUGUUGCUGUCAAUGCAUUGUUUCAACAUGUAGAUUUCAAGAAGUGGCUUUCCUAAAGAGCUACAGAAAGUGUAGACAAAGUUAAGAUGUCCAUUUGAUCUGACUUGCCAUUGUUUCGGAAUUGAUAAUACUGGCGGCUGUUGAAUUAAUAAAUGAAUGAUUGAAUUGUUACUGAUGGCAAACAGUGGAAUAUUUAAUCUUUGCAGUGUCCCCCAGACCUUGCACCUUAGGUUCUGCUGCAGUAACACAGGUAAGCAUUACCUAAGGACACCUGUGUUUGACCUGUGAAUGAUUUUGUUUCAGUUUGCCCUUUUAGUUACAGAAAAUCUAGAAUAUUUGUUUAGGAGAAACUUUCGAUAGUGAUUACAAUCGCCUCAGCCAUCUCUGUUUAGACUGUCGUCUGACUUAACACCUAGAAUGCAACAGCCUUCGUAUUUAUAAACUUUAUUUUGUAUUGAAUAUUAGUGAUGUGCAUGGCAUUAUUCUUUUCAGAGAGACAUGAAUGAUUCUAGAUGUAUAAAUAUUCACACUUAGAAAUGAUUUAGAUCUUAUGUGUGCAUUUACAUUGUUUAUUGUAGAUAAGUUGUUUAGUAGUAUUUUUAGUAGUUUUUAACAAUCUAUAAGUGUUUAUUCUUUUAUGACCAUGGUGCAUAGAAUUGAAAGCAUUGCUUGUUUUUUGUCGUACAUACUACUUUGAGCUACUGCAUGCAGUUUCAGGCUUUUGGUACUUUGGAAACAGUAAGACCUAAUGGCACGCAGCAAGAGAACAGGAUGCAGUUUAUAAACAUGCUAUGUGAGAGUGAACGUUGCAAUGCCCCUUUUCUGUAGUGUCGACAACAUGUAUAAAUGCUGCCUUCAUUUUCACACACAGUGUUGAAGAUGCUGCAAGCAUAGUUCAUAGAAUCAGGCCCGAGAUAGUUUGUCCCUAAGGAGGAAUCCUUUGAGUCUAUUCCACUGGUGAACAUAGACCAUUCAAGGGCUCCAGUUAUAAGGUAAAUUUGAGGAACUCCUGUGGUUGCUAAAUUCAUGUUCUUGCUUUAGUCAAGACACUGUUUACUCAUGCAGUAUUAACCCAUGUUUUUUGCUGAUCUUGUGUGAAAUUCUAUUAAUAGUUUCAUGCUUGCUGUACUCAGUGUUAAAUUUAUCAUAGUUGAUAUUCAUAUUUUUACUACAAAUACUUUAAUAUUGGAAGUUUUUGAAACUUAAAAAAAUGUCAGAAUUUGAACUUUUUUUUUUUCUUUGCGUAAAGCGACAGGCUCCGAUUCAGUUUCUAUAUUUGAUAGUUUGAGUUCUCCGUAACGGUAAAAUCAUGUCUUGCAAGUUAAUUGUGCUGCACUGAUUUUCUGCAUAUAGUUGAUGUAUACACAUUCUGGUUACUAGGAAUAGUGUGCAAAGUGAAUAGGGUGGGGUGGGACUAUGAAAGCAAUUUUUUAAAAAGUGUUAGCUUAAACGGGAAAUGUAAACAGCGUGCAUCAAGAGAGAAAAUUGUUAAAGGUUUUUAAAGUCAGUUUUUGUUAAUAUCAACUGUUCAGCAUUAUUCCCCUUGUGCAGAAAUAAAAGAUUAUUGCUGACGAA